AUGUCUGGCCUGGGCAGCUCGCCCGCCUCUCGUCUCACAGCUAACUGGUCCUCGCAGUCCGAGUCUGUCGGCGAAGGUCACCCCGACAAGAUCUGCGACCAGGUCUCGGAUGCCAUCCUCGAUGCCUGUCUUGCCGAGGACCCCCUCUCCAAGGUGGCCUGCGAGUCGGCCACCAAGACGGGUCUGAUCAUGGUCUUCGGUGAGAUCACCACCAAGGCCAACAUCGACUACCAGAGCGUCAUCCGGAAUGCUAUCAAGGAUAUCGGCUACGACUCGUCCGAGAAGGGUUUCGACUACAAGACCUGCAAUGUCAUGGUCGCCAUCGAGCAACAGUCCGCCGAUAUCGCUCAGGGUCUCCACUACGAGAAGGCCCUCGAGGAGCUGGGUGCCGGUGACCAGGGUCUCAUGUUCGGCUACGCCACCAACGAAACCCCCGAGCUCCACCCCCUCUCUCACCUGCUCGCCCACAAGCUCAACCAGGCCAUGUCUGCCGCCCGCCGAGACGGAACCCUGCCCUGGCUCCGACCCGACACCAAGACCCAAAUCACCAUGGAAUACAAGCACGACGGCGGCGCUGUCGUCCCCCUGAGAGUCCACACCGUUGUCAUCUCCGCUCAGCACAGUGAUGGCAUCACCACGGAGCAGGUCCGAAAGGAGCUCAAGGAGAAGAUCAUUGACAAGGUCGUCCCUAAGCAGUUCAUCGACGAGCACACUAUCCUUCACCUCCAACCCAGCGGCCUCUUCAUCAUCGGUGGUCCUCAGGGUGACGCUGGCGUCACGGGCCGAAAGAUCAUCGUCGACACCUACGGCGGCUGGGGUGCCCACGGUGGCGGUGCCUUCUCGGGCAAGGACUUCUCCAAGGUCGACCGAUCUGCUGCCUACCUGGCGCGGUGGGUAGCCAAGUCGCUCGUCGCCGCCGGCCUCGCUAAGCGAGCGCUGGUGCAGCUCAGCUACGCUAUCGGCGUAGCCGAGCCCUGCUCCAUCUACGUGGACUCGUACGGCACGUCGAGCAAGACGGCCGACGAGCUGGUCAACAUCGUCCGGGCCAACUUCGACCUGCGACCUGGCGCUAUCGCCAAGGAGCUUAACCUGAUGCGCCCCAUCUACAACCAAACGGCCAAGUUCGGCCACUUCGGCACCAACCAGGACUUCACCUGGGAGCAGCCCAAGGCGCUCAAGUUCUAA